ACACUAGAGCUUUUAUGGGCUUCAUAAAAAAUCUCAAAUACAAAUGGGCCUGGAUCCAUUCAAAUAAGCUCAAAAGCUUUCGCUGAUUCUUCAACGAAGAUCGCUGAAAAUUUCCUUUCCCAUUUUCGCUAAUAGGGUUCAGUACAAAAUUCGGAUCCGUAGGUUUUAGAAUUUUAAGAUCAUUGAAACAGCCAUGUCUAGGCAGGUCACCAGACUUCUCGGAUCUCUUCGCCGUUCCGGCGGCGGCGGCAGCUCAGAGGUCUGCUCUCUCACUUCAUUGACACAGUCUCGCUCCUUCGGGACAACUCCUCCGCCUCCUGCGGCGGUUUUUGUCGACAAGAACACCCGUGUCAUCUGCCAAGGUAUUACCGGAAAGAAUGGUACCUUCCACACUGAACAAGCCAUUGAAUACGGCACCAAAAUGGUAGCAGGAGUGACACCAAAGAAGGGUGGAACUGAACAUUUGGGUCUACCUGUUUUUAAUACUGUUGCUGAAGCUAAGGCUGAGACUAAAGCCAAUGCCUCUGUGAUUUACGUUCCUGCGCCUUUCGCUGCUGCUGCUAUCAUGGAAGGUUUAGCUGCUGAGUUAGAUCUUAUUGUCUGCAUUACUGAAGGAAUUCCUCAACACGACAUGGUUCGCGUAAAGGCUGCUCUUAACAGUCAGUCAAAAACUAGGCUAAUUGGCCCUAACUGCCCUGGUAUUAUCAAACCUGGUGAAUGCAAGAUUGGGAUCAUGCCAGGAUACAUCCACAAGCCGGGGAAGAUAGGGAUUGUUUCUCGAUCUGGAACAUUGACAUAUGAAGCUGUUUUUCAAACUACUGCAGUAGGUUUGGGGCAAUCUACAUGUGUAGGAAUUGGUGGGGAUCCGUUUAAUGGCACAAAUUUUGUUGACUGCUUGGAGAAGUUCUUUGCUGACCCUCAAACAGAAGGUAUCGUUCUCAUUGGAGAGAUCGGUGGGACUGCAGAAGAAGAUGCCGCUGCUUUGAUAAAGGAAAGUGGUACAGACAAGCCUGUAGUUGCUUUCAUUGCUGGACUUACUGCACCACCCGGGCGUCGUAUGGGUCAUGCUGGAGCCAUUGUUUCCGGUGGUAAGGGCACAGCUCAAGACAAGAUAAAGAGCCUAAGAGACGCAGGAGUUAAGGUGGUUGAGUCACCAGCCAAGAUUGGUGCGGCGAUGUUUGAGAUUUUCCAAGAAAGAGGUCUUUUGAAGUGAAAUUGAAUUAAUAUCAUAAUGCGAU